GAGAGCAUCCGCUUCGCCUCUCAAUCAUGCGCCCCUCGAUCCCGACUUGCCCAGUCAGGGACCUCGCCGCAGAGCCAGAACUAGCUCCCGGAGUCUCGUGGCUGACGCGCGGCCAGGAGCGGCACCUUGGUGUGGUCGGCGCGGGGCAGGCAUAGUGGAGGACUUUGGAUACCACAGGCACCCGUCUCGUAUGCUUCCGCCUUUAACUCCCCGCCCAAACCACGAGGUCCCUAUUGCUCUGACCCCGGAAGGAUUAAUCUCAGUUGCCGGAUGUGACGCAGCGGCCAAGGCGCAAAGGGGGCCUCCGAGAAAGCGAAGAGAAGGAGGGCCGGGUCCGAGGUCUGGCAGUCAGCGACAGAGCCGGGCACCCACGGUCCGAGCGUCCCCAGCAGCACCAUGCCUGCGCUCCUGGAGCGCCCCAAGCUUUCCAACGCCAUGGCCAGGGCGUUACACCGGCACAUCAUGAUGGAGCGGGAGCGCAAGCGGCAGGAGGAAGAAGAGGUGGACAAGAUGAUGGAACAGAAGAUGAAAGAAGAGCAGGAGAGAAGAAAGAAAAAGGAGAUGGAAGAGAGAAUGUCACUAGAGGAGACCAAGGAACAAAUUCUGAAGUUGCAAGAGAAGCUUUUGGCCCUACAGGAAGAGAAGCACCAGCUUUUCCUGCAACUCAAGAAAGUUUUACACGAGGAAGAAAAACGGAGGCGAAAGGAGCAGAGUGACCUGACCACUCUGACAUCAGCUGCAUACCCACAGAGCCUGACUGUUCACACAGGAACUCAUCUCCUCAGCAUGCAGGGGAGUCCUGGAGGACACAAUCGCCCAGGCACCCUCAUGGCAGCUGACAGAGCCAAACAGAUGUUUGGACCCCAAGUGCUUACAACCCGGCACUAUGUGGGCUCAGCAGCUGCUUUUGCAGGGACCCCAGAGCACGGGCAAUUCCAAGGCAGCCCAGGUGGUGCCUAUGGGACUGCUCAGCCCCCACCUCACUAUGGACCCACUCAACCCACCUAUAGUCCUAGUCAGCAGCUUAGAGCACCUUCAGCAUUUCCUGCAGUGCAGUACCUGUCUCAGCCACAGCCACAGCCCUACGCAGUGCACAGCCACUUUCAGCCCACUCAGACAGGAUUCCUCCAGCCUGGUAGUGCCCUGUCCUUGCAAAAGCAGAUGGAACAUGCUAACCAGCAAACUGGCUUCUCUGACUCAUCCUCCCUGCGCCCCAUGCAUCCCCAAGCUCUGCAUCCCGCCCCAGGACUUCUUGCCUCCCCCCAGCUCCCUGUGCAAAUGCAACCAGCAGGAAAGUCAAGCUUUGCAGCUGCCAGCCAGCCUGGUCCUCGGCUCCCCUUCAUCCAGCACAGCCAGAACCCGCGAUUCUACCACAAGUGACCAUCAAAUUUUAUCUUCAGCCUCAUCCCCACCCCUUACCAUGGCUGAGGGUGCCUGUGUGUCCUAGUCCAGGCCAAUAAAACCUGCCAUUGCUCCUGGCUGCUGUUUGUGUUGCCUCCCACCUGGACCAAGCCAGGACAACUUGGAGGGCGGAGUGGUAGCUGACAGGUCCAUGGCAAGUCACAGUGGGACAGUGGGUUGGUUGAAAUGAACUCAGUGGCACAGUUCAAUCUAAAAUCUAUUUCUGGUUUCCAAAUUUAUCUUCUAGUCAGCAAAUACCUAUUUGCUCAAAGCAGCAGCCAAGUUAGAGCUUCAUAUUAAACUUGUAGUUUUAUUUAGGUUUGCUUUUAACAAAUGUGUCGGGGAGAGAGCCCACAGGAAAGGGUGAAGCCCAUGGGGGCAGGGCCCUCCCAGAUGCCUGAGGAGGGGGCAGGUCCCCUCCCCUCUCCUCCUUUUCCCUCCCCAGCUAAAGGGAUUUGGGGAGAGAUACAGGCAGGGGAGGGGGCUGGUCCCCAGUCUGUGGGGGUGGUGCUUGGGAUAAAGGGCUAUGGGGAACAGGAACCAGACCAGGGACAAGUGGGGGAAGGGCACAAGGAUCAUUUGCCAGAAUCCACAGCUUUGAUUCCAGAAUUUAAAAAAAAAAAAAAA